AUGACCGACUCCAUACCAUUUGUCCCGUACAAGCUUUUCUUGCUGUAUGUUGAACCGAUAUCAGCACUGGUCGGCGCAUUCUACGCAGGAAUCCGACCUUCCGAGUACUUGGGACUGCUGACCUUAGGUCACACCAUCGACAAAUCAACCGCCGCAACUCCACCCACUGCGACUCUGAUGUCGCUCUACCAAUUGUCCAACCUCUACCUGCUGUUUGCGCUCAAUGAACACCUUGUAUUGUCAUCGACGUCUUCGCUGAAGACCUGGAGGCGCCUGCUAUUCUGCUUAUUGGUGGCUGACCUGGGUCACCUCGCGACGAUGGCGCCUCUAGGAAGGGAUGUCUAUUGGAGGGUAUGGGAUUGGAACGCAAUGGUGUGGGGAAGUGUCGGCUUCGUAUACCUGGGUGCUGCUACCAGGAUAUGCUUCUUGGCAGGAGUAGGCAUGAAAGAUCCCAGAACGCAAGGAACGUCCGCGGACAAGCAGGUAUGCCGUCGCGAGUAA